AUGGCAUCACACUAUGGAAAAUACGAGGUUGUACGUUACAUACUACAAAAUGAUCAAAUUCGUGAACAUGAUAAGAAACAUAAGUUGAUAAAUCAAAAGGAUAGUAAAGGAAAUACGCCUUUGCAUCUAGCAGCAAAAUCGUUCCAUCCCAAAACAGUAUUUUACUUAAUAUGGGAUAAAAGAGUGAAUUAUGAUCUUGUUAACCAAAACAACCAAACACCUCUUGAUGUUGCAAAUGAAAUUUCUCAACUUGGUCGUUCGUCCACGAGACAGCAACUUACACGCACUGCACUAAAUUCUGUUGGUGCAAAAUCAAGUUUUAAAAGAGUACUCCAUAGUAAAUGGAGACAAAGUGAUUCAAACUCAGCAAAAUCAAAGCAGAAAGAAAGUGACACGAACCCGAAUGAAAGUAAUGAAAUUGUCUCCAAUACUGCGCAAUAUUUUUUUCUGGCAGGUGCUGACACCCAAUAUAAAGACAGGGUAGAGACACUCAUAUUGGUUUCAACCCUUAUAAUCACUGCUUCAGUAGCAGCAUGUUUUGCGGUUCCAGGCGAAGCAGACGGAAGAGCACUCAUUUCACUAACUUUGGCUUUCAUGGCUGGUCUUUAUACAGUUAUCAGUCCACUUAGAUGGUUGGCCAAUCUCUUUCUAGUUGUGGCUGUGAUUUUUGUUGUGCUUGUGGUUUUGUUGUACACAGUCCUUUUCCUCCCCUCAGCUUCAACUAGAAAGGCCAUGCGAUACAUUUCCUACUACCCCUUUCUUUUCCUAGCAUGGCUCGCAGAGUAA